AUGAGCCUGAUCAGUAGGAUGUAAACGUAAAUCAAGAGGGCGUACUUUUUUUUAAAGUAAGAGUAUGAGGGAUAACUAGUAAACAAAUAUUUGGGUUCUGUAAACAAAUACAUAAUAAAAUGAGAGCGAAAAGAGUGAUUCGUACCAUGAAGUUGAAAAAUGUGGUUAAACUCCUAAAGAACAGGCUUUUUCUUGCAAUUAUACUUACGUUUUCCUUCGUAUAUUGCAUCGUGAGUUUAGUGAGGGAGGGUAACACUGUUGAGACAGAAGAAUUAGAUUUACAGAAAAUACACCUUCCAGGAAGAUCUUUCCAGUGGCAUGUUGGCAGAGACUACAAAGAGAACAGCAGUGAAAAAGUUGUCACUUGCAGGAACUCUGUUCAAGGAAAAGUUCUUAUAGCAGAUGAUCGAGGAUAUGUUUGUCAACGUCAUGAUGUUUUGCCGAGUGGAUGUUGUAACGUAAAUGCUCAUACUACCAAGCAAUAUUGCUGUGAUACCUGUCAAGAAAAUGGCUGCUGUAGCAUCUAUGAGUACUGCAUAUCAUGCUGUCUUCAACCAGAUAAGAAAGUACUACUCCAGAAAAUUUUGGGUAAAGCAUCAGAAAAAUUUAAUGUGUUACUUGCAUCUAUCACUGACCAGUUUGAACUUUGCUUGACAAAGUGUAGAACAUCAUCGCAGAGUGUGGAACAUGAGAAUUCAUAUAAAGAUCCAAAGGCAAAACACUGUUAUGGAGAAUCUCCCCCUGCUGCUCAACCUAGUGUUUCCUAGCAAUAGCUGGCACUUUUAAGUUGUAUAUAUUGUAUAUCUAGUCCUUGCCAAAUGUAAAUAAGUAUACAGUAUAGAUACAUUUACAUGUAAAUAUUACAUUUAUCCUAGUCUUUCAAUAACCAAGCUUUAGUUCUUAAGACUUUCACUUUCUCUGUGUGAUGCAUAUUUGCUAUAAACAAAUGAGAAUGUGGUUGUAGUGAGUCUAUACAGCCUUGCUAAGUAAUCACCUUUUCUGCAUUGUGCAUACAUAUAGCUUCUCCUUACAGGUAAUAGAUUGUAACUUUAGAUAAGUCCAUCCAGAAACAGUGAACUCCCAUAUUUAUAAACAAUGAACACAACCCACUUUUCCAAUUGGCAUUUUAGUUCAUAUUAGUUAGGCAGGGAUAGGAACAUGCCAGCCAGCCAGCCAGCCAGCUCAAAUGAUCUUUUUGGGAAAAGAUGGACUGCCGUUUUAGACCACCAGAACCUGGAAAAAGAAACGUGUAAGAUACAUCAGUAAAAUAAGAGAUUAAUGUCAACAAGUGAA